ACGCGCCCCUCACUUUCUCUCUAACUUCAAGCCAAGAAGGGGGGAGGAGACGUGUAGUCGGUAGUGCGCACAGGGCGCUUUUUAGCCACUUCCCACUCUUUUUGUUAUCAUACGCCGUCUCAAUUUUGCUCAUAUUUUCCCACGAUUUUCCUAAUUCUUACUCCUGCCUGCUCCUGAUCAGAUCACGAAAACCCUAGCUCCGUUUCUCCACCGUUGAAUUCCCUCAGCUCCAGUGUGAAUCGUUCAGUUUCGUGCGAUCCAAUGGAUAUGAAAUUGGCCGCAUUUUUGUAGAAAUUUGGAUGGAAUUGGAUUAGAUAUUGAAAUUCAUGUACGUUCACCCGUUCAGUGAGGGAGAGGUGAAUCGGUUGAUCGGUGUGAUUUAGGUUGAGUUGGGAUGCAGAGGCAAAGUCCGCCGAAGCAUAGGCACGAUGGGACUUCGCCUUUGCCGCUGGGAAUGGAUUGGAGCCCUCCGCCCAAAAGAUGGGCAGGACAGGAAACUAUAUGGCCCCAUGAUCCUCAAACAGGGUGGAGUUAUUGUGUCACAAUUCCAUCUUGGGUUGUUCUUGCAAAAUCAAAAGAUUCAGAUCCUGUAGUGUUUUACAGGGUUCUGGUUGGCAUACAAUCGCCCGAUGGGAUUACUACUACUCGUGUUGUACUUAGAAGAUUUAAUGAUUUCUUGAAAUUUCAUUCUGCACUAAAAAGAAUAUUUCCCAAGAAAAAUCUCCCUCCAGCCCCACCAAAGGGAUUCAUGCGUUUGAAAACCAAAAUCUUAUUGGAAGAGAGACGGUCUUCUUUGGAGGAAUGGAUGACAAAACUACUAUCUGAUAUUGAUAUUUCAAGAUGUGUGGCCUCAGCAUCCUUUCUUGAACUUGAAGCAGCUGCUAGAUCUUCGUUUAAAGAUGAACAACUACAGCAGACGUCUGAAUCAAGACCUGUAAAUAACACACACACCUUUCUUGAAACUAAUCCUGGUGUAGGCUUCUCUACAAUAACUGGCAGUUCAUCGCAUGCAUCUGAUUAUGGUAGUGACACUGCUUAUGAGGCAUCUGAGCUGGGGACUGAAGAUCUCUCACUAGAUGAGGAUUCAACGAGUCCAAUAGAUAUGUUUAUGAAGUAUGGGAUGUCCAACAUUGAUGAGGGAUUAUUCAUGGGACACGCUAUUUUAGACCAACUUGGAAAUUUUCCUAAGAAUAAGAUCCACACAAAAGAGAUUAAUAAUAAUGUUAUAGAUGAGAGUAUGAGCAGUGGAAAUGCGUCAAAGUCUUCACAUAAUUCAAGUGAUAGUCAAACAAUUCAUCAUGCCACAAAGUUGUCUGGUGAGAGUGUUGGAAGCGAUAUCAAUUCUCAGCGAGAGGGCGAAACGUCUAACUCGACAUUUCCCAAUUCAUUUGGAAACAUAGAAGCUCUCAGGAAAGAAUUGACACUUCCUGACCAAAUACAGUUGCUCCUUCCUUCAGAUCAGCGUCAUAAAAUGCAUAGGAUUCUUGCCAAUAUGCAGCGUAGAUUGGGUACGGCAAAAACUGACAUGGAGGAUCUUAUUUCAAGGUUAAACCAGGAGAUUGCUGUGAAAGAUUACCUCACAACCAAGGUCAAAGAUCUGGAAGUGGAGCUUGAAGCAACUAAAGAAAAAAACAAAGAGAACCUUGAGCAGGCAAUAUCGAUUGAGAGGGAAAGAGUUACUCAGAUGCAGUGGGACAUGGAAGAUCUUCGGCAGAAGGCAAUGGAGAUGGAGCUUAAACUAAAUUUGCAACAGGAUGAAAGAAAUAAAGAUUCCACAAAAAUCAAUCCCAAUCAGGAAAAAGAUGCACUCCAACAGGAGUUGAGAGCCACAAAACUGCAAUUUGAGGAGCUAUUGAAACGGCAUCAAGAGAUGGAAGUAAAGUCAAAAUCAGACAUUAAAGUUCUCAUUAAAGAAGUUAAAACUCUUCGAAGCUCUCAGUCAGAAUUGAAGUUGCAGCUUAAAGAGUCAUCCAAGGAGAAAGCUGAAAUUGAGAGGCAGUAUACACAGGAAAGGCAAAUUAGGGAGCAAUGCAAAACCAGUUGGAAGAAACUUCUGUAUGACUGUGAAAUUCUUCAACAGCACUACGAAGGGUGCAAAAUAGACUCAGUUGAAAAUGUAGAUGACCUUGUCAAAAAAUUCCACUCACUGCCAGAUGCCAAGGAUCUGCUCUCCGCUUCCGACAAUCAAAUCAACCUACUGCUAUCCGAGGCGCAACGCUUAGACAAAGAAACCAACUCAGAUUCUUCUGACGAUACUAAAAAUAGUGUCGAUAAUGACAUGAUGGAGGUACUAGAGAAGAAGAUGAGGGAGAUGCUAAGAAACGUAUUUGUGAAUAAUGGUAAAUUGAGAAAGCAGGUAAAUUCUGUGGUUAGGCGUGCUGUAGAAACAAAAGUGUCUUCUUCUCAUAGUGAAAAUGAAACUGAGGAUCCCCAUGGUGAAAAUGUUGUAAAAAAGGAUGAAAUAGAUGACUAAGAGGCUCUGCAGAUGUUGUACAAUUUUCUCAUAUAAAUAGAGGAUGUUUUGGUGGUUAUUACUAUGUUGCCCUUGAGAUCCGUCUUGACGGCUUUGUUGUUAGCAUCAUUUACAUGUACAGAUCCAACAGAAGUAAAUUGAUUCUUCUUUU